AAUGGAAUUGAUAAAGAAAACUCGCAAACCUUUGAAGGAACAGGUAUUACUAUUCCUCUCAUACUCUUAUAUUUUUUAUCUUUAAAAUUUCACUUGGCUAUUUUAUAAGGACAUAAUGCAACUUGAAAUUAAAAUUUAGAUUCAAAAAUCAAAGAAGAUAAGGGAAGUUGGAAAAGUUGACAAAUAAUAAAAGGAAUCAAUUUGUAAUUUUGAAAUAGAUUCGCUAAGGCCAAAGUAUGAUCAUUUUCAAUAAGGUUCUGCCUCACUUCAAUUCAAUAGAUAAGAAAUAGGAUCUUAUCACUGAUUUGUUUUGAUUACUGAAAAUAAUUAAGUAAUUUUGCGAAAAGCCCUCCACGAAAGGUACCCAACAUUUCCAUCAACUUCGUCACUUUUAGUUUGAGUGGACACUGGACACGGCACUGGAAUGAAUUACUUCUUGGGAAUUAUUAUUGGGAGUGUUCUCCUUGGAUCUGUGGCCAUUGCCCAGAAUCCUCUUCAGGAUGCUUACUACGUCAUUAACUCUUACCAUCGGAUGUACGAAGGCACGCAGGACAGUGCUCGAUUCUACAUGGCGGACACUGCAAGGCCCAUCCUGGAAGAAUGUGUGCAGAUUGUAAGUGACGAGAUCGAAAGAUGGGACAGCCGGAAACUCUCUUGUCGCAAUUUGACUCCCAGGAACACGGAAGAAAUCGGUAAUGCUCUGAAGGAUUGUGCCAUGGAAGCUGCACAGGUAAUCUACGAUGUCCAGGAGAAUGUCUAUAUGGAAUUGGAGGAGAUGCAGCAAGAAUCUCUCCAGCUGCAACUCAGUGUCAUGAGGAGGCUGAGUGAAUUCGACAUCCUGCGGAACUAUAUGGACUUCGUGGAGGAUUUCAUGACAGUCGUUAAUGAGGCGUACAACAGAUUGGAGAACCAUUUUGUUCCCGUUUUGGAGGAAGCUCUAGAACCUCUUUUUGCUGCUGAAAGUACCCUUGCUCAGCAGACCCAGACUUGUGUAGAUGCUAUCUCCCGUAGGUUCAGAAACCUUUGUUGAGUUCUGAACAUGGAGGUUUCAUGGAAUUUAAGUAAUAAAUUCUAAAUUCC